UUCUUAGGUACCAGGUGUUCUCUAUUGCAAUUGGUGACGUGUGUUUUGUAUCUGCAUUUAUUGCAUUUUAAUUUACUGUUAACCAUGGCUAUGGAAUUUGAGUAUGACGAGGAAGGAGGGACGUUCUUUUACUUUCUAUUGUCAUUCUGGGGCCUUGUCAUCAUUCCAGCAACAUACUAUUUUUGGCCAAGAACUAAAACAGAUGCUGGUCCAGACUUAAAAAAGAGAGAAUGUAACUGUGAACCUUGUCAAUUAAAGAGACAAAGAUUAAAUGUACAAGGAAAAUGGAAACAUACUACAGAAAAAGGAGUGAAAAUUGCCUUGGUGAUAGGAUGGAUAAUAUUUCUGUUAUUGGCAUACAAAGUAUCAAAGAUACAGAUGGAAUAUGUAGAAUAUGAUCCUUAUAUGGAACUAGAUGUAGAUAGGGGUGCAAGUCAGAAAGAAAUAAAGAAAGCCUACAGAAAGCUGAGUUUAAUUUUCCAUCCAGAUAAAGAAACAGGAGACCAUAAGAAGUUUAUGAGAAUAGCCAAAGCCUAUGCUGCACUGACAGAUGAGGAAACAAUGAAGAAUUGGGAAGAAUAUGGAAACCCUGAUGGACCAGGGGUUACUAAGUUUGGUAUUGCUUUACCCAAAUGGAUUAUAGAAAAGGAGAAUUCAAUAUGGGUGCUGGCAGUGUAUGGAUUACUGUUUAUGGUUCUUUUGCCAGUUGUUGUGGGAGCUUGGUGGUACAGAUCUAUAAAGUUUAGUAAAGAUCAGGUUCUGCUCGACACAACACGAUUAUAUUACUAUUUCUUCCAGAAAAUUCCUAACAUGAUGUUAAAAAAAGUUGUAAUGGUUUUAGCAGGAUCAUUUGAGUUUGACAAAUUUCACAACCAAGAGAUAGUUGAGAGGCCUAGUGACAAUGAAGAAGUUCCACAGCUGAUAAAAAUGUUACCAAAUUUGGAAGAGAAACACAAAGAGAAGCCCUUAUGUUACCCAUACAGUGUAAAGGCCAGAGCUUUACUUCAUGCACACUUUAACAGAUUAGAGUUAUCACAGAAUACACUAGAAAUAGAUAAGAUGUACGUCCUGAAGAAGACUCCAUACUUGGUCAAUGAGAUGGUGACUAUUGUAGCACAGUUAGUAUCAGGAGCUGCUAGAAAUGCACUCUCAAAAGAAAAAGUAUUUCCUGUACAAUAUAUGCCCCGACUGGAGACUGUUGAGAAUUGUAUGAAAGUAUCACAGAUGAUUAUACAGGGUCUAGACCAGAAAUCUAGUCCACUGUUACAGCUACCCCACAUUAAACCAGAAAUGUUAAAACAUUUCAGUACCAAAAAGAGGCACAUUCAGAGAAUUAAAGAUUUUAUAGGAAUGAAGGACAGUGAAAGGAAAUCUUUGUGUAGACAGUUGUCACCUGAUGAAUAUCGUGAUGUGAUGAGUGUCUGUGCUACAAUGCCCUAUGUCAUCAUGACAAUAAGGUCUGAAGUUUUGGAUGAUGAAGAUUCCACGAUUACAGCUGGUUCCAUAGUAACAGUCACUGUCACACUUACUAGACAAGACUUAGAGGUUCUCUUUGAACAAGAACAAGAAGACAAUGUUCAGGAAAUUGAAAAUGUAGAAGAAACAGAAGAAACUGAAGCUCAUAACGAUGACAAUACUCAAAAGAAAGUAGCACCUAAAGCUUGGGAAAAGCCAAAGAAAGGAAAGAAAAAGCCAGCCAAACCAAAAAAGAAAGCAAAACAAGCAUUUAAUUGGAAAGCAGCAGCAUCUUCAUCAGCUGCAGGAGCUACAAGUGACAAAACUGAAGAAAAAUCAGAGGAAAAGGAAGGAAAAGGGGAUACAGACGAUGAGGGCAAGGCAGUUGUAGCCACAAAUCCUGAUAAUGAUGAAUCUGAAGUAGAAUCUGAACACGAGGAACAUGAUUCUGAGGCAGAGAACUCUGCUAGUAGCUCAGCGCUGUCAAAAAGACGGUCGUCAGGGUCAGGAUUUGAUACGAAGAAAAACAAAGAUAAAGAUGAUGAACAUGCCUUAGACGAUGAAGAACAAUGGAAGAUCUAUCAGGAAGAAGCGAAAAAAGAAUUCUCAAUAGAAACUAAAGCAAAAGAAAGUCCAUUUGUACAUUGUCCAUAUUUCCCAGAGGCCAAACAAGAAGGAUGGUGGUUAUAUGUUUCGGAUAAGAAACAACAUAUGUUAAUAACAGCUCCUGUACAGAUAUUAACACUGAAAGAAAAAGAAGAGAUUACACUGAAAUUUUUAGCCCCCAUGAAACCAGGUGCUUAUACAUAUACAGUCAAUCUGAAAUCAGAUUCCUUCUUUGACUUUGACCAGUCACAAAAUAUUAAGCUUGAUGUGAAGGAUGCUAAGAUUAUUGAAGAUCAUCCACAAUGGGACAUUUCUGAAGAUGAAGAUGCAGAAAAAGAUGAUGAUAGUGAUUCUGACUACUCAACAGAAGAGUAUGACUCUGAUUGAUUCCAAUAACUACACUGGACAGGAACUUAUCACAAUGAAGUAUUGUCCAAGUGGCUAAAGUCAGUUAUGAUGCUGCUUGCUUUAUGGACAUUGUCUUUCUAAAUCAUCAUAAACCAACUUGUACAUUGUGUCAAUAAAAUGUUACCAUAGAGCAUUAUGAUGUAAGGGCAUUUAAAAAAUGUAUAAACCAUUCGAAGUUUUAAAUUACAAUAACACUUAGUAUUCGCAGAUGGAAAAUACAGAAAUUGAAAAGUUUGUGCUUAUAUAAUUUUAUAAGUGACCUUUUAGUUUGUAUAUGAUUAAAUGCCAUUUAAUGAGACUAUUUCAGAGGUACAAUAAAUGAAUGAUAAUAUCUAUGUUAUUUAUAAUCGUGUUUAGAUACUGACAAUAAGGGGAUGGAAGUUAUUUCAUAGUAUGCUGUUAUUGAUAAAUGAACUCUUCUUCGUCUCUAGUAAAAAAAAAAAUGGGUAUUAUUAUUAGAUGGCUGCCAUUUUAUUAUCAAAAUUGACUUUACACCAUUCCAUCGUCAUGGAGAAAGUUCUUCAAAAUUACAUAAAACUGCAACCAUUUUUGGUAAAAAAAAAAUUCAAAUGGCAUAUGUAUUUUGAAUUUAAAAGCCAAGUUGAAGAAAUUUUGGUUCCCAAUAAAGAAAUUGAUUAGGUAUUCAGAAAGGAUUUAAAACUACACAAGUUAGAAUACUAACUGGCAAACCAUUUAGACAGAUGAUCACCUUGACCCUUUUAAUUUUGGUUUACAAAAGUGAAGUAGUUUUGAGUCUCAUAUGGGCAGGUUAAAAAAAAAUUCAGUGAUGUUCAAGCAAAAGAAAUAUUUAUUGUGGAAUCUUAUCAUUUAUAGAAUUUAGAUAGAAUAAUGACAAAGCAUUCAUUUACUUUUCAAAUUGCUGCAAAGUAAAAAGUUUUGUUGUAUAUUGGUCAUUGUGUCUGUUCAUUUAUCUUUAUUUUAUAUCGGCAACUCUUCCUACAUGUCCUAAACCAGUGACUAGAAAAUCUCCAGUAUCUUAAGUCAUUGUAUACCUCCUGUCUCAUCUUUUAGUCCAUGUGAUCUUUGGAGUUUACAAUAACAAACCAUGAUUUUGUUAUAUCUAUAACAAUGGGGAAGGGAAUAAAUUUGUGAGCUCUGCUCGUAUUUUGGUAGUAAAGGGAAACAUUGAAAUCAUAGAUUCAUUAACGUAAAUUUCAUUCAUAUCAGUGUGUUACACCAUAAUCAUAUUUUGAAUAUGUAUUACAUGUUCUCUAAAUUGUAUAUAAAUAUUGGUGCUUUGUUGUAUAAAUAUAGAGUAUAAUAUUGCAGUUUAUAUGUGUGUUAAAUAUAAAUGUGUCUAAAUUGACAUACAUUUGUAUAGAAUACAGAUGAAUUGUUAAGAAUAAUGGUGUACAGGUUAUUUAUCAAAAGUUUACUUCAUUUUGGCUAUAUUCCACAAACCUUCAUUUGCUUACUUUUUAUCUAAGUAGAAAUUUAUCAUUUGUUAGAUUUUUUAAGCAAACAUUCACUACCAGCAAUAUACAUAUGUACAUUAUGAGAUUGUCCUUGUAGAAAAAAGAUCCUUUGUUUAAAUGAUCUUAGUGAAUUGUAUUAAGAUUGUCAUAUACUAAAUGUAUUGAACAUCAAAUUUUUUUUAUAAUGAUCUGUAAUUUUAUAUUGAAAGGAGUUAGACCAGGUAUGCCUGUAUUUAGUUCUAAGAUUUGAAUGAUGUCCUUUCACCUUUAACAGGCAAUAAUUACUUUCCAAUAUAUAACAAUGUAUAUGACUUGAUGAAGCUAUUUAAAAUAGAAUUAAGUGUCAGUUAUGGAUAAAUAUAAUUAUGAAAGUUAUGACACAACAUGCCAAGGAAUAUUAUAAGAAAGCAUUUUUGUAAGACAGCAUAUCAAAUGACAUUAAGGGCAUUAGAUCUUAAAGAUGCAUAAGAAUGUGCAUCGUUUGUCCUAACACUAGCCGUUGGUAUUCUCAUUCAAAUCGUUUCACAUUUUGUCAUGUCAUUGAAGGCUGUACAAUGACCUAUAGUUGCUUACAUCCACAUUAUUUAGACUCUGUUGGAUAGUUGUCUCCAUGGCAAUAAUACCAUAUCUCCCAAUUUUAUGUAUUUUUUUUCCAUCAGUUUUAUCAAUGAGUUCUUAUUGUCAUUGAUAUUAAAGAUAACUACUCAUUGAUAGUUUGUAUUCCAAACUUAGACAGUGAUUAGCAUGAAUAUCAUGAAGUCAAAAUAUUUUUCAUAGUUUGCAUCAUUUGAAAAUUGUCAGUCUCAUUUAAUGUUAAAUUCUUAACAUGUAUUACUGUACAAUUCGACACGCAGAAUAUAAGGGGCCAAUUCUACACAUGUUUAUAAAAUAUUAGAAUCAGUAUUUUCAAUAAAGAUUCAUAACAUCUCAAUUACAUCAAUCUUCUUGACUUAAACCACAUAAAAAGGUUCAGUUAUUUUUUUCUCUGGUAAAAAAAGGAUUUUGUAGUGUCCAUCACUUAAAUUACUUUUUAUUUAUGGUAUUAAAAUUUUAAAUUUUCUGUAAAUUCAGAGAUCAACAAGACAUUAUUAAUGAAAAAAAAAGACAAAGAAGACAGGAUUAAUAUCGCAUUAAUUAAAACUUCAAUUUUAAAUUUUGUUAUUUAUAUUCUAUAUACUGCAGCAAACGUAUUGAUAAAUCUGGCAUUAUAUUCAGCUAGCAAAAAAUAUUAAUAAUAUUGAAACUCAAAAUAAACAAUAAUUUUUUUUAAUAAUUUCUAUGCGCUUGUAUAAAACUUUAUAAUCAGAUAUUUUAGUUAUGUUUAUGUUAAAUAUUUUCAUAGAUGACGGUGGUAUUGUCAUUGUUCAUUCCCUCGCCCCACCAUGAUGUUCAUUUUAAUUGCAAUACUGUUUUUGUUUUGUCAUAUUUGUAUAUAAUAGUUAUAUGGUAUCAUAUUGAUUGUAUAAUUUAAUUCCUAGUAAUUUAUUGGUCACCAUUGACAAUAAAUUAUUUAUUGGUUUAGUACUAUGAACAUUAUUUAUUUUUUUAAAUGGAGUGAUGAAAAAAUGUUGAGAAUGAUAAGUUAUGAUAGUGAAGGAAAGAUUGGAUGUUGAUAAAUUUGUUUUCUAUUAAAUAUGCAAUAACAAAAUUUUCUUGUUUUCAAAUUUGAAAAUAUACAUUGAUAUGCAACAAGUAUUUAUUCAUGGUAACUUUUGGUAAACAUUUAUUAAAAGCCAUAAUUUUCUAAAUACUUUUUCCAUAAAAUCAAGACCAAAAAAUAUAAAAAAAAACCAGGAACUUUACAAAAAAGUUGAACUGUAAGAAUUGAAAUUAUACAAAUAAAUGUUAGUUUAAACAUCAGAACAUGUACUACAUUAUAAUAAUGCUACAACAAAGAUGGUAUAAACAGCUUCAGACAAUUAAUAUAUCAAUCAAAGAAUUAUUUUUUCAGUGAAAAUUAUGCUGAAUGAAUACUUUCUGCUUAUCAUGAUUAUGUGGAAUACUACCAUUCACAGAAUUCAGACAAUUCUCAAGUCUGCUAGUUAUUGGAAAAAUAGUUAAUAAAGAUUUUGGUAUAAAAUUUUUGAAGUAUUAAAAAUCAAUGUAAA